AUGGGUAAAAAUAUUGCACUAAAUAUGGUACUUGCUAAUCAGCAACAACCAAUAAUAAUGCAAGGCACAGUUGGUGAAAAGCGUAGGUAUGAAAGUAUCACGUCGAAGCUGCAUUUUGAUCGAGAUUCUGAACCGCCGUCUUCUCCAAUCGCUACGCGAUUACGCAGUAAUAACAAUGCUAACAAUAAUGAAACUCCACGUGAAACACUUGUAGCGGCACGUCGGCAACCAGUCAAAGUGAUAAUUCACAAUCCUGGCGUUAGACGUUUAUCAGUUGCUGCCAGCCAUCAAAAUAACAAAAUUGAUUCGAGCAAUGAAUCCGAUGUUUUACCUUCAUAUCCAUUAAAACGUGGUCGUAUCAGUAACGGUGGUCGACCAUCACUUGAUUUUGAAAAAAUGCGAGAGUUACAGCGUUUGGUAGUAAGCAGUGUUUGUGGUAUUGGAUCACAGGAAUUCGUAGAUUCAGCUAUGAGUAUUGGAGGUAAAGAUAUCGAAAAACGCAAACACGACUGGGUAUUGACAAGUUCCAGUUCAGGUUCAAAUAUGAGUUCAGGUUCAUCAGGUGGACGUCGUUGUGUGCAGCAUCAGCAAGCACGUUGUCAACAAACUGAUUGCACAUUUCGACCUGUUGAUUGUGAUGUUACACAGUUUAAUAUUGGAGGUAGUAAUGGUAAUACUAGUGGUGGUGGUACUGGAGAUAAUGUAGAUGACAAAUAA